GUUGUACAGGCAGCAUGGAGGCGGCAGGAAGGAGAAUCACACACGCCCUUAGCCCAGCAGUCUGACAAGUGAGAGAGGGGCUGGUGGUGGGGGGAAAAACAGCCUGGCUGGAGCCCCAUACCAACAAGAUGGGGAACAGCCAGCAACGAGUGAAGAAACUGCGACAAGCCAUCGGAGGCAACGACCGUAGGGCUCUGGAGAGGCUCAUCGAGAAAGGGAUAGACAUCAAUAUGGCCAUCGAUGACAUUGGAAACACGCCACUGACCUUAGCAAUUCAGCUGAACCAGUAUGACACCGUGCGCUACCUGGUGAUGGCAAAGUGUGAUGUGGAGCGGAGAAGCCGUCUGCAGUUCUCUGCCCUUGAAAUCGUUCUCCUAAACUUGGCGCACACAGAGAACAGUGCCUAUCUGGAAAUGCUGCGCGUGUUGCUACAAGCUGGGGCGGAGUCCGUUUCCGAUGCUGUAAUGGAGACUGUAUUUCCCAUGAUACAACACAACAGGGAGUUGGUUGUAAAACUGUCACAGAUCGUUGCUCAAUAUGCGCAGACGCCAUACGACAUCACCGGUACUUUGUCUCAUGUAAUUGUGCAGCACAAUCAGCCAGAGUGCUUCUGGACUCUCUUGGAGAGUGGAGCAGAUCUUCGGGACAUUUGGCCAAACAGCUGCGAUCAGCGUUACUUCUUGCCGUCCAGCGACCUCAAUGAGGGACCCAUCAACACAUAUUUCACCACCAUCUGUUGCACCAGGAAUAUAGAGUUUGCACAGAUCUACAUACAGGCAGCUAAUUCAAUGAAUGUUCUCAAGAGCAUUAUCUAUUUCAUUCUCGUCUACCCCAUCACGUCUGCCAGCAAAAUCAAAGAGCUGUUGAAAGCCUUGGUGAUGGCAGGCUACAAACUGAGCGACUUUUUGUUGAUACAUCUCGCUCGAGAAGACAAGGAUAUUGUAAGCUGGUAUAACGAUUUCCAGAGCACCCCUCUGUCCUUGAAACAUCUCAGCCGUCUAUGCAUCCGCAAAAACCUUCAAACCAACGUGAUUUAUGGAGUGAACAAACUGCCACUUCCUUUACCCAUGAUGCAGUACAUUAGAUUAGAGGACAUCAUAGAUCCUAAGAACUGGGCGAGACAGUGGGCAAAACGCACCCCAAGGAGCAGGCACACAAAGAAGAGACUCUAAUCAACAGGUUAACAUUUACCUGCCAGAGACAUUCUUCACUCCACAGGUUUCUUAAAAAUUUUCAAGAAUUCACCAUUCAUGAAAGAAUAUUGUACAGAUAAAAGCAUCUUUGAAACACUGUUUUGCUUAAGAAAGUUUUUGUUGUUUUUUUUCCCCCUCAAUUUGAUCACAUAUAAUGUUAAAGAUGCAUAGAUUACGUACAGGUACAUGCCUAUGUUUUUUGACAAUCGCUGGAAAUAUGGACAUUAUAUAUUUGUUGCUAGCUUUUUCUUGAACAGGAUAUAAACAGCCUAAAACUGCACACAAUACAUCAUACAUCCUGUUUGAUUAGAGAAAAUAGGACAUGUGCUUAGCCCAUUCAAUGUUUAGUUAAUUACUAUUUUGUUAACCAUCAUUCAUAGAUAUAUUUUGGUAAUCUUGAUGGUCAUAACAACUGCAUUUUCUGAUAUCCUUAACAAUAUCACAAUCAAUUACGGUCUCAAAUGUCUCAAAACUUACAUAUAUAUGUAUAUGUAACUUCUUUACUGAGAUAUCAUGCACAAUUUUACUCAAUCACAUAUUCAGUUUAUGAUAAUAAAUAACACUGAGACAAAUAUAUAAAAAAAAAAAUACGGACAUGAAGCCAUCAUCAUUUUAACUAAAAAUAUCUUCACUUUUACUUGAGUACAAUUAAACAUCCUACAUUAUUUGAAUCUCUAGUAAAAGUCCUUCACACCUGCAGGCAGCUUUUAUUUUUAAAGAGUCAACUGGAUAAGACUGUACAGAGGUAGACUAACUAGAUCUGCUGUAACACCUUCCUUAAGUCUCUCUGAUGAUCCCUCUAAAAAAUGGAGAGGUCAAGCCAAAGCACCAAUCAAAAUCAUUGUCUCAUUCAACAAAAUCCGUGAAAGAGCAAUCUUCACUUCCCAAAAUACAUCAGCAAGAAUUUGAUUGGAUAGACUUAGAGAUGUUUUUUCAAACCUACAACUUGUACACAUUGUUUGUUUUUAUUGCACUAAAAUGAAAUAUUUGUCCGAAAUACUAAAAACAGUCCAGGAAAAUACUUCCGAACAAAUAACUGAUGUGACUAUGUAGUCAGAAAAUACCACUGUAGAAUAAAAUCUACCAAAUGCAUUUUAGUCUACUGAGUAACUAUUUUCCAGGGCAGUGUUUAAUGGUUUUUCAUCUGACAUACUUUAGGAUAAUGUUUCCUCUGCCUGCAAUGAUGGUGAAUUUAUCAAAUGUCAUGGUUGUCACCUUUUAAAGGACGCGUCCAUGAUACAGGUAAUGUCUUAAUUUUUCCUUAUAUUGCUGUAUGUAUCUCCAAUAUUUCAGAUCAGAUACUUAAAAACAAUUUUGCACAUUACUUGUUUUGCUGUUUUUUAACCAGGAGCAGAGUUUACACACUUUCUGUUCUGGUCAUACCAGUUGUUCGUAGCCUGAGCUCUGAUGGCAUGCCAUGAAAUUUAGAACUUUUAAUAUUGGGCAUCCAAACGAAACAUACCACACGAUGCAAUCCAACAAGUGAAAACUAAUAAUAUUCAAUGGGUUUCAGUCACAAGAAAACAUAUGAAACUGAAACCAAUACAUUUUUUGUUAGAGAAGUGUAUUAAGGCAAAUGUUAAGGUAAACGAAGUUUGACCACUGAUUGACAUCACACAUUUUCAUGUUAAACCAAUUCAUGAAUAAAAUUUUCUGGCUACUCUGU